UGGCGAGAUGGCGGCGGUGGUUGUGGCGGAGCCUGGCCCGAGGCGCGUGGGCUUCGUGGGCGCCGGCCGCAUGGCGGAGGCCAUCGCGCAGGGCCUCAUCCAAGCAGGAAAAGUGGAAGCUCAGCACGUGCUGGCCAGCGCGCCGACGGACAGGAACCUCUGCCGCUUCCGGGCCCUGGGCUGCCAGACCACCCACUCCAACCGGGAGGUGCUGCAGAGCUGCUCCCUCGUCUUCUUUGCCACCAAGCCCCACAUCCUGCCGACUGUCCUGGCGGAGGUGGCUCGUGUGGUCACCGCUGAGCACAUCUUGGUGUCUGUGGCUGCUGGGGUCUCCCUGAGCACCCUGGAGGAGCUGCUGCCCCCGAUGGCGCGAGUGCUGCGGGUCUCGCCCAACCUGCCCUGCGUGGUCCAGGAGGGGGCCAUGGUGAUGGCACGGGGCCGCCAUGCUGGGAGCGGCGAGGCCAGGCUCCUGGGGACCCUGCUGGAGGCCUGCGGGCAGUGCGAGGAGGUGCCCGAGGCCCAGGUGGACGUCCACACUGGCCUCAGCGGCAGCGGUGUGGCCUUUGUGUGCGCCUUCUCGGAGGCCUUGGCCGAAGGAGCCAUCAAGAUGGGCAUGCCCAGUGGCCUGGCCCACCGCAUUGCCGCCCAGACCCUGCUGGGCACGGCCAAGAUGCUUCUGCAGAAGGGGCAGCACCCGGCUCAGCUGCGGACUGACGUGUGCACGCCCGGCGGCACCACUAUCUAUGGGCUCCACGCGCUGGAGCAGGGCGGGCUGCGGGCGGCGGCCAUGAGCGCCGUGGAGGCUGCCACCUGCCGGGCCCGGGAACUCAGCAGGAAGUAGGGCGCAGGCACCGGGUGCAGGCCGUGGCCACCCCCCAGCCCCUUCCCGAGGACUCGGGUUCUCUCCAGCCUGCAGGCCAGUGGGGGAGCUGCUUGAGGUGUGGGAGGCUGGGUGGAGAACAGGUCCUGGCCAGCGGGGAUCACAGCGGGCUGUGGGCCCCUCUCCAGACCCUGAGCUCGCGGCCAGCGGCAGGUGGAGCUGGUCCUGAUGACCCUUCCCUGGGUCAAGAGUCCUGGAGGGUCCCACGGCCUGGCCUCUGACUGCAGGAUUUGGUUCUUAGCAUGUCUGUGAAAGGACCAACAGGCCAGGAAAGCCAGCAACUUAGGGCCCUAAGCAAGGACGAGGGGCCUCUGGGUGCGGGGCAGACUACCUGCAGCCCAAGGCUCACAGGGGCCUCCCCACCCCACACGGGCCCUAGUGCUGGAGCCCCUUCCUUCCACCCGCCAGCUGUGAGGCUCGCGGCAAAGUGAUCCCCUGGCUGUGAACAGGGCUUACACGGCAGCCUGCCCCUCACUGCCCGCACAGCCCUGAGCCCCCCACCACUCCAGCCUUCAUGGGCGGCUGGCCCUCAGCCAGCAACUGUGCGUCUGACCCUGGCCCUUCCACCUGCUAGAAGGCUCAGCCUGAGUCCAUUUCGGCACCUUUUCUUUCACUUUUGAACUGCGGCUGUCCUAUAGCAUGGAGCAACCAAUAUUGAACUGGAGGCUGGUAAAACCAAAUUCCAAGUGCCUGGAAGCACGUCUCAGCCAAGGCCCAGGAUACUGGGCUCAGACUCGGAGCUGUGGGUGUAGGUGGUCUGGGGACAGGGUUUCCCAUCACCCGAGAGCUCUGCAAGGGUAGGCUCCCCCUGCCCCCGCCCAGCACUCCAACCUCACCCUCAGCUGUACGUCCAUGGGUCCCUGCCAUGUAUCUUCCAACAGAAUCCCUGAGGACCAGGCAGGGUUCGGCUUGGGGAGUGGAAGAUGCACCUCUGCCCAGCCCUGCCCUUAGGCGGUCACCUCCUGAAUGUGAGGUGCCCGGUGAGCCCAGCUGGUGAUGGCCCGUGACAGGAAAUGCCAGUUGAAGAGGGCGUGACCCAAGAACAGCAGCUUGGGGCAGGGGCGGGCAGGGUUGCAGCCCAGUCACUGGCCGGCCAAGUCUCUUCACCUUAUACUGCGAAGCUAAAAUUACUUUUCUCAGAA